AUGAGUCAAUUGUUAAAUAUACCAGAAUCAUAUAAAGACAUCACAACUGCUGCUAUAAAAGGAAUAGUAGGAUGUGAUAAUGAUACGGUGAUCUGUACAACGGACAAAAAGCUUAUGACUUUUUUCAAAGGAUGUCUGAUGAAAAAUUGUAAUGUGGAGAUUGAAGUUAAACAUUUAGAACCAUUUCUUCUAUAUAAUGAGCCUAAAAUUGAAGUUUAUUAUAUUUUACAUGGAGAUAAUAAAGUUGUAAUAGUGAAAGAAGAAACAAGUCUUAAGAUUAUCACAACAUAUUCCAAUGUGUAUGAAAUGGUUGUCCAUGAUCAUAAUAAUUCGGGAAUACCUCAACUUUAUAUGAGAACUGACAAAGGUUUUGAAUUGAUUGAUAUUUUUGAAAAUAAGGAACAAAUUAGUAGUAUACCUCAAGAAACUUCUGUUGUAUAUUCAUUUUGUGUGAACAAAUUACAACAUUUAAAAACAUUAUACGACACAGAAAGAAAUAAAAUAUCACAUAAAACUACAUCAUUUAUCAGUGCUGUACUGCAAGUAUCUAAUGAUGGUACUUCCGAUGUUAAAUUGUUAUCGAAUGUUAUAACAAAAAAUUCUUGGCUAAAAUUAUCUGAUGGAAAUCUUGUGUAUGGAUUUACUCUUCAAAACACUUCAAAAUUACCUGUAUCAAAUUUUAAUCUAAUACUAUUAGAAGACAAUACACAAAUUUGGUCAAAAUUUCGUUAUGAAUGUUGGAAAGUUGAAAAGAACAAAAGUGGUUUUAACUUUUAUAGUGGUAAUGAAAAUACUUGUAUUUUAAAUUGUAUCGAAAAAAGUGUCAUGAGUUUAAAUUCUGAAAGUUCAAUCAUAAUUACAAUUGUCAUUGAUAAUUGGAACACUAAAUCACUUCCAUAUUCUGUUCAUAGCAUGGUGUACAUAAAUAACAAAAUUGAUGAUAGGAUACAAUACAUUAAUUCUGAUAAAAUUAUGGUUACUGCAAACUUAUUCUUGGAUAAGGAAUUUGAUACAUUUGUUAAAAAUGGUAUUUUUGUUGAAGAUUUAGUGACUUUACGUUGCACUAAAUUAGUCUCAUGUUAUCGAAUUAAGAGUACUAUGUGUCAUGAAGAUCUAAGAAAUAUGAUUAUGAACAAUUUUAAGUUUGAUGUAAAACAUGAAUGGUUUGUUCAUAGUUCUUUAUCGUGGUUAAGAACAGUUAUAUGCUAUUUGGAUCCAUUAUCGCCAUUAGAGUAUAUUCUUAAAGUAUAUUCAGACUCAUUGGGAUAUACAAAAACAUUUAUUCAAAUACUGACUACAAUGUUUUCCGAGCACACUAUAAUUAAUUGUCUAGAUACUAAAGUACCAACAUAUUAUAAUAUUGAUACUGUUAUGCUAGAUUUAAAGGAACUUCGAAAUAUAUUUAAAAGAUAUUUGAAUAAACAAAUAAUAAUACCAAGAGAUCAAUGGAAUAUAACUCGUUGUAGAUUGGAAAUGAAUGAAGAUAUACUUGAUUUAAAUGAUAUUGAUUAG